UUGCGAUACAUCAUGAAUUAGCUGCCGGUCAAUUCGACAUCGCCUUUUUCUCUACACCCAAUUGCACAUCCAAAAUGUCAGACACUGAACAACCACAAGCAGCAGAGGGCACCGAGCUGGUACCCACGAGCAAUGGACCAGUCGUCCCCGAAGGCCAGAAAAAGGUCAAAAAGAUAAUACGCGUCAAGAAGAAGCGCCCAGCGCGACCUCAAAUCGACCCGGCCCUCGUCAAGUCGGAGCCACCGCCGCAAACGGGCACAACUUUCAACAUCUGGUACAACAAAUGGUCCGGCGGCGACCGUGAAGACAAAUACACCUCCCAGACGGCCGCCAAGGGCCGAUGCAACGUGGCAAAAGACUCAGGAUACACCAAAGCCGACCAGACAACGGGCUCCUACUUCUGUCUCUUCUUCGCGCGCGGCGUAUGUCCCAAGGGUCAGGACUGCGAGUACCUCCACCGGCUGCCGACGCUGCACGAUCUCUACAGUCCCAACGUGGACUGCUUCGGGCGCGACCGCUUCUCAGACUACCGCGACGACAUGGGCGGUGUGGGUUCCUUUAUGCGGCAGAACCGGACAGUCUAUGUUGGGCGGAUCCACGUCACGGACGAUAUUGAGGAGGUGGUGGCGCGGCAUUUUGCAGAAUGGGGCCAGGUCGAAAGGAUACGGGUGCUGAACCAAAGGGGUGUCGCCUUCAUCACCUACACAAACGAGGCUAAUGCACAGUUUGCAAAAGAGGCAAUGGCUCACCAGAGCCUCGACCAUAAUGAGAUUCUCAACGUGCGCUGGGCCACGGCGGACCCGAACCCGAUGGCGCAGGCUAGGGAGGCUCGUAGGGUUGAGGAGCAGGCUGCCGAGGCGGUAAGGAGGGCGCUCCCGGCUGAAUUUGUCGCCGAAAUUGAGGGCAGGGAUCCCGAGGCCAGGAAGAGGAGGAAAAUGGAGAGCUCUUACGGGUUGGAUGGUUACGAGGCCCCUGACGAGGUGCACUUUGCCAGGGGCGCGCAGGCCGUCAACCCGGUCGGCAGGAGGGGUUUUGAAGAUCAACUCAUGUUGGAAGGUGGUGGUGAAGAGGUUUCUGCAAGGGAGGCUCUGUUUGGAGCAGAAGGUAGCGGGAGUGGGGAUGGUGAUGCAGGCGGCAUCUUCUCGAGCAGCACGUUAGCGGCGCUGAAUUCAGCACAGGUCAAAGUCUCUGCUCAGCCAAAGCAGGCUGCAGCCACGGGGCCAUUGGUGGCAUACGGAAGUGACAGCGAAGAUGAUUGAUUAGUUUAGCUACAGUCGCUGGUGCCUCUCCCGGCCGUGAGGCAAUCUUUAUAAGCGCCAUGUACGAAACGCUGCAUAAACAAAAUAAUACCCAGACCAUUAAAAUACGUUACUAGCUGUUGAAAAUGCGCGAAUAUAAUAACUCGUGCCGUCCGACCCACAAGUCCAUUACCGGCACCGUCUGGCACGCGUCCUCGACCUCGGUAGCCCACUCCCUCUGCAC